UUUUACCUGUUUCACAGCAGUGUUGUCUAGAUUUUGGGUAGCUUCUCCAAUAACCACAUUUAACGGCGGCAAGUGGCGCUGAUGGGAAUCUAACAAGUCAGAGCUUUGGAGAAGUAAUCAUGGCUACCCAGCCCUCGCAGCCUCCAUCCUUACGCUUUGGCCAGGUGGUCAUAGGACCUCCUGGCUCAGGUAAAACCACAUACUGCCGGGGGAUGCAGGAGUUAUUGAGUCACUUGGGAAGGAAGGUAGUUGUGGUGAACAUGGACCCUGCAAAUGAAGGGCUCCCAUACCCCUGUGCCGUGAAUAUUUCAGAGCUGGUCACCCUAGAUGACGUGAUGGAGGGUUUGAAGUUGGGGCCCAAUGGUGGACUCCUGUACUGCAUGGAGUACCUGGAGGCCAAUCUGGACUGGCUGGAAACGAAGUUAGAGGAACAUAGUGACUGUUACUUCCUGUUUGACUGUCCUGGUCAGGUGGAGCUGUACACCCACCAGAACUCAGUGAAAAACAUCUUUGCUCAGCUGGCCAAGUGGAACUUCAGGCUGACUGCAGUGCACCUUGUGGACUCUCAUUACUGCGCUGACCCAGCUAAGUUCAUCUCAGUGCUGUGCACCUCCCUGUCCACCAUGCUGCACGUGGAGCUACCCCACGUCAACGUCCUCUCCAAGAUGGACCUCAUCGAGCAGUACGGCAAACUGGCCUUCAACCUGGACUUCUACACAGAUGUUAUGGACCUGACAUAUCUGCUGGAUCACUUGGCAGCUGACCCUUUCUUUAGGAAGUUCCUCAAACUAAAUGAGAAACUUGCAGGGGUCAUACAAGACUAUGGCCUUGUCUCUUUUGUGCCUCUCAAUGUGCAGGACAGAGAGAGCAUGACGCAGGUCCUGCGGACUGUGGACAAGGCCAACGGCUACUGCUUCGGUAACCUGGAGGAGAGGAACCUGCAAGCAAUGAUGUCAGCCGCUGUGGGAGCAGACUUCCAGUUCACCUCUACUCUAGGAGUACAAGAGAGGUAUGUUGAAGAUGGUGAAAAGACCGUGGAGGAGGAGGUGAUGGAUCUGUAAAUCGACAGACACCCAUCAAUGGAUGCUGCUGACCUCGAUGUUGCUUGCACUGGACCAGCAAGGGACCGACGGUACAACAUUUGUACAGUGGAAUUGGAGUGUGAAACGCAGCAAAUGUUAUCUUCUUUCACUCUUUGACUGAACACGUAAAUAACUUUUUUUUAUCUUGAUAUGGCUGCCUCUGGUUAUAUAGAGAGGAGAGAAGGGUGGAGAAGGGGUUAGAAGCAUCAGUCUGCAAAUAGAAUCCAAAUCAACUGCUUCUUACCCCACAGUCCAAGAAUUGGAUCAAUCUGGGUUAAGAGUUUGAAUUGAUAUAUCCUUGGCUUUGUGGCUGGGUUAUAAUGCUAGUGUUAGUACAGACUACAGUGUGUUAUUUAGUUGGAUGCAAAUGUUGAUCUCUUAUUCUGCCAGUGAAAAAGAUGGACAAAUCCAGGAGCUCUGGAGUACAGAUAAUUAUUUACAUAUUGUAAUGAGAAAUACACUGGUGUGUGGGGCAGUUUGGUCAGCCCUUCAGUCUAUAAGGUGUGUACAUUGGGUAUGAAUCCCUUUGCAGAUCAGCAAAAUCAACUGUUAAAUGUGUUUUUUACAUUUCAUGAAUAAAGUUUGUGAAGAGUUGGUCUUACAUACAUGUA